UAGAACAGGUCAGUUUAGAAUCUGACAAGCAGUUGUGUAUUUUACAGAUGGGGAUUAAUGUUCAUAGCUUUCUUAAUUGGUCUCAGCUCAUUGUGGAUUGAUGUCAAUUUUGCUUACUUUUUUGGAGUCUGUGAAAAUGUCGUUUCAAUAGAACGUGGAAAGAUCUAACGACUGUGUAAUGAUUAUGACACAAAUGGCUACUUGAUUCUGCAGUUUAAAGAUUGGAGUCUGCUGUAGUACAAUUGAAGACUUGUGGUGCUAUGGAUAACGAACAUGGCAAUGGAAAGAGCAAGUUUUUAACACCUAACAAUGAAGAUAAUAUGCCUGUUCCCCCAAAAACAUUGGGAUCUUCUUCAAGCGAAGCUUCGGUGGAAUCUAAGGUUACGCAUAAGACUACAACCAUAUCUCAAGAAUCCGGCCUCGAGUCAAAAGCAGCCAUAUCAUCACCUGAACUUUCUGGUCACUCUAUGCAAGGAUCUUCUUCUACGGUCCCACCUGCAUAUUCCCUUCAAACAUUGGGGCAUCCUCCAGGAUAUGAUCCAAAUCGCAUCCCAUCUGCUGUUUUUGCUACUAAACCAGCCUCGCCAAUGGAAUGGAGCGUUGCUUCGAACGAAUCAUUGUUUAGUAUUCAAAUGGGAAACAACAGCUUCUCGAGAGACCACGUUUUUAUGUUGUAUAAAUCCGGAGAAUUGCCAAAGCUUGAUGACAUGAUUAAUUUCUCGAAUAGCCUGCCUCCUAUGCCUGAAGUGGACGAGACGAACAAAAGGAGUGAAAAUAUGGAGAAAGGAUCACAAGUAGCCCAAGCCUCUCCAGACAGUAGAGCUGAAAAUGAUCAGAGGGAGGCCAAUAAACAGGAAGUUUUGGAAGAAGCAGAUCAUACUCAGUUGAAGGCUCCUCCUGCAAAUGACACUGUUAAUAGCAAAAGCAUCUCUUAUCGUUCCGAAGGAAGUAACAACAGCACACGCUCUUUCGCAUUCCCUGUGUUGGAAGGUGAAGCUGGAAGACUGAGCUCUAUGAAGGUAGAUGUUGAUGAGAAGCAGCAAUCACAGAAAAAUCAACAACAGCAGCAAGAGCAGCCGCCUCUGCAAACCUCUGAAACAACCCCAAAGACCAGUGCUGGGAACAGUUGGUUUUCUUGCUUCUCUUUCUGCAAAAUUGGGUGCUGCUAAAUGACUUCUUUGAUAACAAAUGCAACGCCAAAACCUCUUCAUUCUCAUCAAAAGUGUCUCCAAGUAUAUGGAACUCAUGCAUGUAAAAAUAUGUGACUUUCAGUAUCAGAGUUGAGAACCCCAAAUGCUAACUUCAUAGAUUGAAUGUAGUGACCAAAAAGAUCUAUAAACAUG